AUGAAGUCCAUAGGUGUUCGUCAGAUUCCCGGGAACCCAGGCCAAGUUUUUUUCUACCCAUCUGCCUUCUUCUUCCGGUGGUUUGGCUGUGAUUCGAAGUUGACUUAGCGAUGGUUUAGAAUACAUCACAUUACUACUGCCAGCCCCGGAGAGUGAUGAGCUAGUUGUCAAGAUACUUGCAGCGGGCUUGAGCCAUGGUGACCACACCAUCCGCGAGCAUUUGUACCCGGAAUAGGCUUCCCGGUACCGCUUCUAACCGACGCUAUUGGCGUGUUUCGGCCAGAAAGCCGAAUUCUCAGUGGGUUGAGAAACGCGUUUUUUUGAUUGUAGGGCCAGGAUGGGACUCUUCCCCCGAAGGUCUAGAAACCUCUCCCUGCGCGAUCCUAGGCCGCACCAAACAUACUCUUCAAGGAACACCCGGCAAGGUGUUAAGGCAGGUGGUAAUGUACUCAUCACUGUGAUUGGGGGUGGAGUUGCGUUGGUUGCAUUGGGUUCCUCUGUAGCGGUCGGUGCCAAUGUCCGGGCUACUAGUGGAAACCCGGAGAAAUUGGAGGCGGCAAAGAUGUUGGGCGCGAGGGGGGAGUAAGCUACAGGAAAGUGAGAUGUGAGAAGGAAUUGGAGACAAUGCUACCUUUGCCAGUAGAGAGGUCAUAGUUGGACGUUGUACUUGACGGAGCGAGGGACGAUAUCUGUGGUAGGUUAGGACUUGGUCAAUUGCAGUGCACAAGAGGCCAACGAGACCAGCGAGAACCGUCCCAACACUAAGAGUGAGUGGGAAAAUUGUCCUGAACGACACUCGCGCCCAAGACUCCAUUUGCCAUGCCAGCAAUAUUUAAAGACGUCGAGGCUCGCCGCUUUCCACUUCUUCCAGGGCUCUCAAGUCCUCAAACACCAACCAGUUAGAUCCGCCGUACAACCCUCGGAUUGCGGAAAGAAUCCGGGGAAAUGGUGGAAUUUGUUCGCGAACACAGACUUGGUGUUGUAAUAUCCAAGGUAAUUGAAGAGCUGACAUUUGAGGUGCGUGAGGAAACCCCCGAAAUAGUGAAGGGGGGCAAACAACUCUGCAAACUGGCCGUCAGUAAUGCGGAUGAGGAGGAGGGGAUGAUUCCCUCAAAG